CGAAUUAAUUAUAAUUCUAUGUUGUAGAAUUGUUCUGUUGAGAACAAAAUUUUAUAUGGAUGGAAAGCUUUUUUAAAUUCCCAUUUUCAGUGUCAACGAGACAUUAUCAGUCAGGCUACACUGUAAAGCGCGCCGUUUUAUUCGCUCCCGUUAACUGACAACAGUGAACAGUUGCAUAGCACUGUACAUUAGUAGAGCAGUAACGUGUGUAACGAUCUUACUUUACUUAUCUACUAUAUUAUGAAAAAUUAUUUUUUAUGUCGGGUUUUUUUUUUGUUUAUUUACUGAUGUGUGAAAUUGGUUUUAACAAAAUUGAUUAUUUCUUUUAAUCAAUACAAAUAGUGCUAUAAACAUAGCAAGAGACAUUUGUAAGGUAUGGAUGGAAGCGACGACCAAAUGGUUUGUGACGACGAAUCGUUUUUCGUUCAAAAAAUGCGCCGGUUGAGUUUUGACGCUGACAAAGCAGCUCCUGUUAUAACAGCUUGUCCACCCUCUCCUGAUGGCCGUCAUUCUUUCUCGCCAAAAAUUGGAGUGGAUUCGUCAACGCCGUUUUUAAAACCUAGAAUUUUAUACAAGGUACGUCACAGGGGUCCAUCACCACCAUCUGAUACAAGUGGUGAGUUCUCACGGUGCAGCAAACCGCGUUUAUCAGUCAAUCCAUUUACUCCAACUGGAAUUGAAAUUUUAAAAAAUAAACAACGUAAGAAAUUAUCUCAAACACCAAAUGUAAGUUACAAUAGUGGUGAUGAUCAAAACCAUGACUCAAGUGGAAGCUUAUCUACACCUGAUAGUAAAACUUCCUCGGCAGUUGAUCCAUCUAUUAGGGAUCUCAUGAAUGAAGGUGAAGUUACCAAUGUUAGUAUAUAUGAUUUACAGACAUCACGGUUCAAUGAAGAAUUUAGAAUGGAUGAUUUUAUUGCCACAGGUGCUUUUGGUGAAGUAUACAAAUGUACAAAUUUACUCGAUGGUAUUUCUUAUGCGAUAAAAAAGACAAAAAAGACUAUUUAUAAAAGUCAAGAGUAUUUUAUUCGCAAAGAAGUAUAUGCACAUUCAGUCAUUGGCCGUCAUCCUAAUAUAGUAUCUUAUUUUACUGCAUGGCAUGAAAGAGGCCAUAUUUAUAUUCAAACUGAGUUUUGCAAUGGUGGUACAUUAGAACGAAUGAUUCAUGAAUCGGAUCAUAUAUUUUGUGAUAGCGCUUUGCGAAGAUUGUUAUGUCAUGUUUGCAAAGGCUUAGCUCAUAUUCAUUCAAAAAAACUUGCUCAUCUAGAUAUAAAAGCAGCAAAUAUAUUAAUUUGUCGAACUGAUGGUGCAUUAUUAUUUGUUGAAGAUCUUGAUGAUGAUGAAACUGUAGAUAAAGAUAUUGUUUAUAAAAUAGGAGAUUUUGGACAUACAAUAUGUAUUGAAGACGUACGGACUAUUGAAGAUGGAGACUGUCGAUAUUUACCUAAAGAACUUUUAAGAGAUGAUUAUUCUCAACUACAAAAAGCUGAUGUAUUUUCAACAGCACUUACUGCUUAUGAAGCAGCAACUAAAAAAGAUUUACCUAAAAAUGGACCUGAGUGGCAUAGUUUAAGAGAUGGAGGCUUCUGUCUUCCUCAAACUCCUGUUUUUAGCACAGGACUUGAAAAAAUGUUAAAGAAAAUGGUAGACAUAGAUCCAACUAAUCGUCCUACUGCUUCUACAGUAGUUAAUCUAUUACUUGAUAGAGGUAUGGCAGCUGUUAAACAACAACAAGAUGAAAUUGAGGUUUGGAAACUUAGUUCAAAAUUUUUAACACCUUGUUAUUCUGUUGAAACACAAACUCCUAGAACUGCAAGUAUAAGAAGGUAUGAAAAUUCUAAAUUGUUUCGUACUAGGAAAGAAAGAAUAAAACGAUUAGUUGGUAGGAAAAUGAUAAGAUCUUGUAGUACACCUAAUGUUUGAUUUUGUUAUUUAUCAUAAUUUUUUUCAAUAGAAUUUGUAAUUUUCUUUUUUCCUUUCCAUGUGAAGAAAA